CAGAUGUGCUCUUAAAGAAAAAAUAUUGAAAAAUAUUUCAGAAUAUUUUUUCAAUUGAAUUUUUAUAAUUUAUUAAAAGUGAAAAACUUUAAAUAAUAUUCAUUAUUAAUGAACGGUAAACUGUGGAAUAUAUUUCGAAUGAAAAAUAAAAUUAAAAUGAAAUUCAAUUUAAUGUUAUAAAAAUAAAUCAUUUUAUUCAAAUAUUUAUUUAUUUUUUUGGAGAAAUGCAAUUAAACUCUAUAAAAAAUUUAUAGAAAUACCAAAGAAAAUAUUGAUUAUAACUACAUACAUACCGUAUAUACAUUAAAAAAAAAGGACUUGCACUAAAAAUAUUUAAACGAGGAUAUCAAAAGUGAAAUAUACUAAAUGUAAAAUAAAAAAAUUAUUUUUUCAUAAAAAAUUUAAUUUAAAAUUUUUUAAAGUUUUCAUUUUUAAUUAAAAGCCGGGAAAAUAUAGUUGACACACAGAAAAAAAAAAAUAUUACAAAAUUAAUAAAAUGGAAAAUUCAACAAUAUUUUCAUUAAUAUUCGGUUCAUCAACAACUUCUUCACCAAUAAAAACAAGAACUGAAGAUAUUUUAAUUAAUAAUAAUAAUGAUAAUGAUAAUACCGUUACAUCACAAUUAAUUAUAUCACCAUCAUCAUCGUCACUAUUAAAUAUUAUUAAUAAUUAUGAUAAUAAUAAUAUUAUAACAACAACAUUGAAAACAACAAAUGAAUAUACAACAUCUAAUUUUAAUAAUAUUGCUGCUGAAUUAUCAAAUACUAAUAAUAAUAUUAAUGAUAAUAUAAGUGGUGAUGGAACAAUUGAAUCAGUUAUUAAUUCAUCUGGAUCGGCAUCAGCAUCGGCAGCAUCAGCUAUACAAGAUUUAUGGAGUGAUCAACAAAUAACAUUUGAAAUACCAUCAUCAAAUGAUUUAGAAAAAAUUAAUAAUUUAGAUAAUUUUACAAAUUUAUUUCAUCGUAUUAUUAAUAAUGCACAACAGCAACAACAACAAUUACAACAACAGCAACAACAUCAAAAUCAUGAAUAUAAUAAUAUAAUUGAUAAUCAUAAUAAUAUUAAUUAUCAUAAUUAUGAUAAUAAUAAUAAUCGAUUAUUAUUUAAUACACAUUUUGAUACAAAUGGUAGUCCUGUUAUUAAUUUAGCUGAUUUAAAAACAAAUUAUGAUAAUGAUGGCGGUAGUGUUUCAUUAACUGAUGAUUUAUUUAAUUUAAAUAAUUUUAAUAAUGUACAUAAUGAUCAUAAUAAUAUUAAUUUAUUAAAUGAUAAUAAUAUAAAUAGUUUAGAAAAUUUAUUAUUUGGUAAUAUAAAUAUGCAAAAUUUAAUUAAUUAUUUAUGGAUUGGUGUUGUUACAUCAUUAAUAAUAUUAUCAGUGAUAUUUAUAAUAUUCUCAUGUUAUUUUUAUCGUAAAUUUAAAGAAUGGAAAAAAUGCAACAAAGAUAUUCGUUCACAAAUGACAUCAACGGAAUUUUAUCAUUCACAACAAUAUGGAACAAAUAAUAAUGGUAUAACAGUAUGUAAUGGUAAUAGAAUAACAGGAACAAAUGAAACUGGUUAUUAUCAAAUGGAAUCACCACCAUGUUAUACAAUUGCAACUGGAUUACCAAGUUAUGAUGAAGCAUUAUUAUAUUUUACAACAACAAAUAAUAAUCAUCAUCAUCAUCAUCAUCAUAAUAUACAUCAUUCGAUUUCACAUUCUCAUCACAAUCAUCAUCAUCAAUUAUUAUUACAUCAUAAUAAUAAUCAAUAUCAUAAAAGUUUACAAUGUGAAAAUCAAUAUGAAAAACAUAAAGAAUUUCGAUAUAUUUUUAUAAAUGAUUCAACAUCAACAUCAAGAAAUUUAUCUGAAAAUUCUAUAAUAACGUCAUUAAAUCAACAAUAUAACAACAAUAACGGUAAUGCAGAAGAUGAAUGUAAUAGCAUUAUGAUUGACAGUGAAAAUCAUUUAUCACAACUUAAUUUAAGUGAAAAUCUAACUGUUAAUAAUUGUGAUAAUAAUAAUACAUCAUCAGCACAAUCUUUAUCAUCGUCAUCAUUGAAAAUCGAGGAUGAAAUCGAAAAUUGUAAUAAUAAUUCUAAUUUGGAAGGAAAUUGUUGUACGGAUAUUGUGGUUACGCCUUGA